AUGACCCGUCGGGUCGUAUUGGCGGCGGCUGCCGCAUCCCUUUCAUUUGCAACGCCAUCAUUUGCCGAAGAAGCAGUUGACAGCAUUCACUUCCUGAUUCCGGGUGGUGCUGGCGGCGGCUGGGACGGUACAGCGCGCGGAACGGGCGAAGCCCUGACCAAGGCUGGUCUCGUUGGCUCCGCGUCAUACGAGAACAUGUCAGGCGGCGGCGGCGGUAAGGCCAUCGGGUACCUGAUCGAAAACGCAGACAGCAACCAUGGCACGCUCAUGGUCAAUUCGACACCCAUCGUGAUCCGCUCACUCACGGGUGUGUUUCCGCAAAACUUCCGUGACCUGACACUGGUCGCCGGCACGAUUGGCGACUAUGCCGCUCUCGUUGUGCCCGCCGACAGUUCGGUCAAGGACGUCAACGGUCUCAUCGACGCCUUCAAAGCUGAUCCUGCGGGAACCGCGAUCGGCGGAGGUUCGGUUCCGGGCGGAAUGGACCAUCUGGUUGCUGCCAUGGUGUUUCAGGCAGCCGGCGCUGAUCCGGUCGCUAUGAAAUAUGUCCCCUAUGAUGGUGGUGGCAAAACGAUGGCCGGCUUGCUGUCCGGCGAAGUCCAGGCUGUUUCGACCGGCUUUUCCGAGGCCGUAGAACUGGCAAAGGCCGGUGAAGUCCGCAUCAUCGGUGUCACGGCGCCGGAGCGCGUCGAUGCCUAUCCGGAUGCCGCAACCAUGGUCGAGCAAGGAAACGACACGACAUUCGUCAACUGGCGCGGGUUCUUUGCCGCACCCGGUUUGCCGGCAGAUAAACUGGCCGCAUACCAGGCUGCGAUCGCAAAGAUGUACGACACCCCUGAAUGGGAAGAAGUCCGGGCACGCAACGGCUGGGUGAACAUCCACAAUCCCGGCGACGACUUCCGCGUGUUCCUGGAAGGUCAGGAACAGACCAUCGGCGAUCUCAUGAAAAAGCUGGGCUUCCUUUGAGCCACGACCGGCAACGCUGACAAGAAAGAUACGUUCGGGCUCGCCCGAACGUAUCACCCAUGAAAACUACGGGGGGAACGAUGGCGCUCGAUCGCUGGCUGGCAUUGGUCAUCUUGCUGAUCUGCCUGGCCUAUGGCUACGCAGCUUACUUCACCAUGGACGCGCUUUUACCGCCGAU